ACAAAUGAGGAAAGUUUGAUUUCAUAGCGUUGUCACUGUUGAUUCUGUCUAACCUUUGGACUAAUUGGUUCAUCCCAAUAUAUUUGCACUGAUAUAUAAGACUUCCAGAACAUUGGAAAAACUCACUAUUGCUUUUACGGUGAGGUCUCGGUACCUGGAAACAGACAUGGAGUGGAGAAUACUUCCCAUGUACUUGCUGCUGCUUUCUGUUUUCUUGAUUCAGCAAGUUUCUUCUCAAGAUUUACCAAGCUGUGCAGGGAGAUGUGGGGAAGGGUAUUCUAGAGAUGCCACCUGCAACUGUGAUUAUAACUGUCAACACUACAUGGAGUGCUGCCCUGAUUUCAAGAGAGUCUGCACUGUGGAGCUUUCCUGUAAAGGCCGCUGCUUUGAGUCCUUUGCAAGAGGGAGGGAGUGCGACUGCGACUCGGAAUGUAAGAAGUAUGGCAAGUGCUGUUCCGAUUAUGAGAAUUUUUGUGGAAAAGUGCAUAAUCCCCCAUCACCAUCUUCAAAGACUGUACCUCCAGCUCCAGGAGCAUCUCAAACCAUCAAAUCAACAACCAAACGUUCACCCAAAUCACCAAACAAGAAGAAGACUAAGAAAGUUAUAGAAUCAGAGGAAAUAACAGAAGAACAUUCUGUUUCUGAAAAUCAAGAGUCUUCUUCCUCCUCUUCCUCUUCCUCUUCAACUAUUCGGAAAGUCAAGUCUUCCAAAAAUUCAGCUGCUAAUAAAGAAUUAAAGAAGAAACCCAAAGUAAAAGAUAACAAGAAGGAAAAAACUCCUAAAAAGAAACCUAACCCUGAACCACCAGUUGUAGAUGAAGAUGGAAGUGGACUGGACAAUGGUGAUGUCAAGCUCACCCCGACUCCUGACAUUCCUACCACCCAACGCAAUAAAGUUACCACACCUCCCAAGAUUACAACAGUCAAACCGACAAAUCCAAAACCCAGUCUUCCACCUAAUUCUGAUACACCCAAAGAGACAUCUUCAACAACGAGUGAGGAGACAGCAGUUAAAACUAAAGAGACUCCUAUAACGAAUAAACAGACUUCAAAUAGAGAAAAAGAGAAGACUACUUCACCUAAAGAGAAACAAAGUGCAGAGAAAAUACCUGUUAAAGAUUUUAUACCCACAUCCAAAGCUCCUAGUACAUCUACACCAAAAGCUGAAACUACAACCAAAUCUCCUGCUCCCACCACCACCAAGAAACCUGUUCCCACUACCCCCAAGAAGCCUGCACCCACCACCAAAGAGCCUGCACCCACCACCCCCAAGAAGCCUGUACCCACCACCAAAGAGCCUGCACCCACCACCCCCAAGAAGCCUGCACCCACCACCAAAGAGCCUGCACCCUCCACCCCCAAGAAGCCUGCACCCACCACCAAAGAGCCUGCACCCUCCACCCCCAAGAAGCCUGCACCCACCACCAAAGAGCCUGCACCCACCACCCCCAAGAAGCCUGCACCCACGACCAAAGAGCCUGCACCCACCACCCCCAAGAAGCCUGCACCCACGACCAAAGAGCCUGCACCCACCACCCCCAAGAAGCCUGCACCCACGACCAAAGAGCCUGCACCCACCACCCCCAAGAAGCCUGCACCCACGACCAAAGAGCCUGCACCCACCACCCCCAAGAAGCCUGCACCCACGACCAAAGAGCCUGCACCCACCACCCCCAAGAAGCUUGCACCCACGACCAAAGAGCCUGCACCCACCACCCCCAAGAAGUCUGCUCCCACCACUCCCAAGGAGCCUGCAUCCACUACCACCAAAGAACCUCCACCCACAGCCCCCACGGAGCCUGCACUCACCACUCCAAAGGAGCCUACACCCACUGCCCCCAAGGAGGCUGCACCCACCACCCCCAACAAGCCUGCUUCUAUUACCACCAAGGAACCUGCACCCACAGCCCCCAAGGAGCCUGCACCUACCACCCCCAAUAAGCCUGCUCCUACUACCACCAAGGAACCUGCACCCACGGCCCUCAAGGAGCCUGCACCUACCACCCCCAAGGAACCUGCACCCAUGGCCCCCACGGAGCCUGCACCCACCACUCCCAAGGAGCCUGCAUCCACAGCCCCCAAGGAACCUGCUCCCAGCAUUCCCAAGGAGCCUGCACCCACCACUCCCAAGGAGCCUGCACCCACAGCCCCCAAGGAACCUGCUCCCAGCAUUCCCAAAGAACCUGCACCCACAGCCCCCAAGGAACCUGCUCCCAGCAUUCCCAAGGAGCCUGCACCCACCACUCCCAAGGAGCCUGCACCCACAGCCCCCAAGGAACCUGCUCCCAGCAUUCCCAAGGAGCCUGCACCCAUGGCCCCCACAGAGCCUGCACCCACCACUCCCAAGGAGCCUGCACCCACCACUCCCAAGGAGCCUGCACCCACAGCCCCCAAGGAAACUGCUCCCAGCAUUCCCAAGGAGCCUGCACCCACAGCCCCCAAGGAACCUGCUCCCAGCAUUCCCAAGGAGCCUGCACCCACAGCCCCCAAGGAAACUGCUCCCAGCAUUCCCAAGGAGCCUGCACCCACAGCCCCCAAGGAACCUGCUCCCAGCAUUCCCAAGGAGCCUGCACCCACAGCCCCCAAGGAACCUGCUCCCAGCAUUCCCAAAGAACCUGCACCCACAGCCCCCAAGGAACCUGCUCCCAGCAUUCCCAAGGAGCCUGCACCCAUGGCCCCCACAGAGCCUGCACCCACCACUCCCAAGGAGCCUGCACCCACCACUCCCAAGGAGCCUGCACCCACAGCCCCCAAGGAACCUGCUCCGAGCAUUCCCAAGGAGCCUGCACCCAUGGAGCCUGCACCCACCACCCCCAAGGAGCCUGCACCCACCGUCCCCAAGGAGCCUGCACCCACCGCUCCCAAGGAGCCUGCACCCACCGCUCCCAAGGAGCCUGCACCCACAGCCCCCAAAGAACCUGCUCCGAGCAUUCCCAAGGAGCCUGCACCCAUGGUCCCCAAGGAGACUGCUCCCACCACCACCAAGGAGCCCAUCCCCAAACUUCUCAGGGAGCCCACUCCAGCUUCUCUUGAGACACCUGCUCCAACCAACUCAGAGGGCUCUACUACAACCACCAUGGAGCCUCCCACUACUCCCGAAAACCCUGCUGAAUCAACUCCUGAGUUUCCCAAAGAACCCACACCAAAGGCUCUUGAAAACAGUCCCAAAGAACCUGUUAUACCUGUAACUAAGGCUCCUGGAGUGACCACACCUGAAAUCACUACAACAGCUAAAGACAAAACAACAGAAAAAGACAUACACAUGACACCUGGAAUUAUAGCCGCUGUACCUACAUCAACUCCGACAAAAGAAAAGACCACUGAUUCCAAAACAAGAACAACCACACAAGUAACAUCAGCCACAUCGUCCAAAAAUACUCCUCAAGCCACAACUCUUGCACCCAAAGUAAUGACUACAACAAAAAAGGCAACUACAUCUGAAGAGACUAUGAAUAAACCCGAAGAAACCACAGCUGCGCCAAAAGACAGAGCUAAUCCUAAAGUGUCAACUCCUAAAUCCCAAAAGCCAACCAAAGCACCAAAAAAGCCCACUUCUACCAAAAAGCCAAACACGAGACCUAAAGGGAGAAAACCAAAGACUACACCAACUCCCCCAAGGAUGACUACAUCGACAGUGCCCAAAUUACACCCCACCUCUUCCACAAAAGCCAUUCUCCAAACUACCACCAGCCCCAACCAAACACCUAACUCAGAAAUAGUUGAAGUAAAUCCAAAUAAGGAUGGAGAUGCUGCAGGAGAAAAACCUCACAUGAUCCCCAGGCCCCCUGUGUUAACUCCUAUAUUUAUCCCAGGCACGGAUAUCUUAGUGAGAGGAUCCAAUCAAGACAUUGCCAUCAACUCCAUGCUUUCAGAUGAGACUAAUUUAUGCAACGGUAAGCCAGUAGAUGGGCUGACUGCUUUGCGCAAUGGAACGUUAGUUGCAUUUCGAGGUCAUUAUUUCUGGAUGCUAAGUCCAUUCAGUCCACCAUCUCCAGCUCGUAAAAUUACUGAAGUUUGGGGUAUUCCCUCCCCCAUUGAUACUGUUUUUACUAGGUGCAACUGUGAAGGAAAAACUUUCUUCUUUAAGGAUUCUCAGUACUGGCGUUUCACCAAUGACAUAAAAGAUGCAGGGUAUCCCAAACAAAUUGUAAAAGGAUUUGGAGGACUAAAUGGAAAAAUAGUGGCAGCUCUCUCCAUAGCUAAAUACAAGGAAAGACCUGAAUCUGUGUAUUUUUUCAAGAGAGGUGGCGGCAUUCAGCAGUAUAUUUAUAAACAGGAACCCGUCAGAAAGUGCACUGGUAGAAGGCCUGCUAUCAAUUAUUCAGUGUAUGGAGAAACAACACAGGUUAGGAGACGUCGCUUUGAACGCGCCAUAGGACCUUCUCAAACACACACCAUCAGAAUUCGCUAUUCACCCAUCAGAGUCUCUUAUCAAGACAAAGGUUUCCUCCAUAAUGAAGUUAAAAUGAGUUUAUACUGGAGAGGAUUUCCAAAUGUGGUUACUUCAGCUAUAGCACUGCCCAACACCAGAAAACCUGAUGGCUAUGAUUAUUAUGCCUUUUCUAAAGAUCAAUACUAUAACAUCGAUGAACCAAGUAGAACAGCAAGAGUCAUUACUACUCGUUCUGGGCGGACCUUGUCCAAUGUCUGGUACAACUGUCCUUAGACCCACGGGCAAAGGAAGAAUCGACUAAUUACAAUGAAGAAAAAAAUGAAAAAUUUUGACACUGAAACACAUUUUAUUAAUAAAGAAUGUUGAGAGAAGCAUA